AUGAUAGAAUGGAGUAGUUCGUACGUAUCGAAUGUAGCUGGAGAAAUAGCGACGUUGGUUGCAAUAGCAAUGUGGGUUACAAGUUUGUACAAGAUAAGGAGAAAGAUGUUCGAUUUAUUCUUCUACACACAUCAACUAUAUACUCUAUACAUCAUCUUCUACCUUUUGCAUGUUGGAGUUGCCUACACAUGCAUGAUCUUACCUGGGAUUUUUCUCUUCCUUAUCGAUCGAUACUUGAGAUUUUUACAGUCUAAAAGAAGUGUUAGAUUAAUUUCUUCACGACUUUUAUCUUGUAACACUUUCGAACUCACCUUUUCCAAGAAUCCAGCAUUAACAUACAACCCUACAAGCAUCUUGUUUGUGAACGUGCCAAGUGUAUCCAAGUUACAAUGGCAUCCAUUUACUAUUGUUUCAAGCAGUAAUUUGGAGACAGAUAAAUUAAGUGUUGUAAUUAAAUGCAUGGGAAGUUGGAGCCAAAAAUUAGAAAAACAACUUUCUUCUUCUCCAGAUCACCUACAAAUAUCAACAGAGGGACCUUAUGGACCUUCAUCGUCUCAUUUCUUAAGUCGAGAAUGCUUGGUGAUGAUUAGUGGAGGAAGUGGAAUUACUCCCAUGAUUUCAAUAUUUCGAGAGCUCAUUUACAGAAGCACACUUCAACCAAACACCAAAUUACCAAAAGUCAUCUUAAUUACAUCCUUCAAAAACACAUCAGAUCUCACAAUGCUUGAUCUCUUGCUCCCUAUCACCACAGCUCCUUUCGAUAUCUCCAACUUAGAAUGCAAAAUCGAAGCUUAUAUCACUAGAGAAAACGAACCACAACAACACGAGUCGAAACAACAACUCCUAGUGUUCAAACAAAAUCCGAAAGACUCUCCUAUUUCUGCAGCACUCGGGAAAAGCAGCUGGCUCUGGCUUGGAGCGAUAAUUACUUCUUCAUUCUUCAUGUUUCUCCUUUUGUUAGGCCUCGUUACGCGUUACUCCAUAUAUCCAAUUGAACGCGAUGGGAAAUUGUAUCAUUACAGCGCGAAAAUUAUUUGGGAUAUGUUUUUGGCUUGUGCUUCGAUAUUUAUUGUCACUAGUGUUAUUUUUAUGUGGCAAAAGAGGGAGAAUGAAAUUGAAGGCAAACAAAUUCAGAAUGUGGAAAUUCCUACAAAUUCACCUGUUGGUAAUUUAUGUGGUAUCGAAAGGGAGCUGGAAAGCCUUCCUCAUCAGUCAAUUGUUCAAGCUACUAAGGUGCAUUAUGGUACUAGGCCUGAUCUAAAAAGAAUACUUUUUGGUUGCAAAGAAUCAGAUGUUGGAGUUGUUGUUUGUGGGCCAAAGAGCAUGAGACAUGAGGUUGCCAAUAUAUGUGCUUCUGGCUUGGCACAAAACCUACAUUUUGAGUCUAUCAGCUUUAAUUGGUGAUGCUCUCUACUUGCUUCUAUCACAAAAAAAAACAAGGAUGUAUGUAUUGUCUUUUACUAUUUUUCUUUCUUUUUUUUUGGAUUAUUUGGUUGUGUGCAAGUUUCUGAAAUAUGGUUUAAAAAGUUGUGUUGUACAACAGUAUAUAUAAUCUGGUCAAAAGUUGUGUAAAAUGAACAUGUUUGCUUGAAUGGUUUAUCUUGUAAUUGAAUUAGAAUGUAAUUAAGUGUGAAGACAUGUUAUUCAA